CUACCCCGGCGAUUGGCAUUUGCUGUUGCAUAUGGCCGAGGCGAUGCUUAGGCGGUACUGGGGUGCUGGCGUGGAGUUCGUGGCGAAGGAUUUGGACACAGAGGGCUCGAAGUUGGGGGAGGGGAGCAACUACCGUCGGGCGCACCACCACAUCACGGCGUUUUGGUCGGCGUUUAUGACUCUGCCAGUAGAAGGUGACGAGGUGGUCGACGGGGUGAUUCGGUGGAUAGAGGCACGAGCGAGGGCUCACAAGACUUUCGCUGUGUGGAAGCAUUUCCUCCUCCACGACUACCCUGCAUACAUCGCCUUUCUUAACUGCCCUGCGCACGGGCAGGAGGUGGCCAAUCGUCUCUACAAGACGCUGACGAAAAGGAUUGUUUCGAGCACUAUGGAAGAGUUGGCACCGAUUGCCCAGCUGCGUGAAGUUGCCAUGUUGGACUUCGAAUCGCAUUUCGUCGAGAAACCACGCACGGAAAGGGACCGUUGCAGGGAGUUGUCGGUGAAACGUGCGCCAGCAGUCAGGGCGGCGAUCGACUGCUUGAGAGAGAGCCCGGCAUUCAAAGGUGACGAUGGCAAAGACAAGAAAGACCUAAUGGGCGCGACCAAGAAGAAUAUUUUCUCCAUCCCGGCUAGGAACAGCACCAACAAGGCCACGAAGAGUCAAGGGAGGUCGUCUGCCCUGAAGGAUACCGUCGGCAAUGCCCACGCGGGGGGUAAAGAAUGGAAGGCAUGGGCGCUGAACAUGCUUGAUGUGGCCAGAGAAGGCGGAGGAGCGGCCACGCCGUACAGCAUGGCCAACGCGACGGGAGGUCCGUUGAAAUGGGUCAGAGAGCACUGUGCCUACGGGUUCGCAGUCGACCCGGUUUACGACGCCGACGCUCAUGGCGUGGAUCUGCCCGUGUCAAUCCACCAAGGGCUCUUGUCUAAGUGGUUUAAGUCGAUGGAGCUGCUCGUUGUGUGCUACGACCGCCAAGAACUAGAACCGGCAAUCAAAGGACACGAGCAGCUUGGGAGGACGGAGAAACUUGGAGAGUGCUCUCGGACCUUCGACCCGAAGUCAACAGAUCCGGUUCCUUCGUUGCAGUAUGGGUACCACGGAGUCGCUUUCGAAACAGUAUCACUCCUACGCUUCCGAGACGGAACCGACCCGAUCCCUGACGUCGAGCGGCACCGUGGGCCAGACAUCGGCGAGGCGGAACUCCCCGUCGUUUCAUCGCUAGACACGGACCUGUGGAUGAUCAUCCUACUGGCGAUGACCACUGGUUGGCUCCCGCCGCGUGGCGAGGGUGCGGUUGACGUGACCGUCCAGAGGGUCGUGGGUGGCGAGACCAAGUUCCUGUGGAUGAACAGAGUGUUCGCCGGCAUCUGCGAACUCCAGGACGGGAGCGAGUCCGCGUGGCCACCUGUUAACUUCAGGAGCUGGGUUCCAACGGACGCCGACAAGAGCGUGCGGACGGAGGGUUUGUUUGACGAACCGCUGUUCUUCGAGGAGCAGGACGGCACGUGGGCCGUGGAUGUUGACGAAUGCGCGAAACUAUUGGCGACCAUGUUCUUCUACAAGGAUGAAGCGGCGUUUGGCACUGCUCAUUCAAGGCCAGCCUCGCUGCUCGAAAGCGUCGACGGAGACGUCGAGGACGACGUGAGCUUGGUCCGCUACGCCAUCCUCCAACUCCCCCUCCAACUCCCCAAGGAGAAGACGACAGCCACCUGUCCGUCUUCUGUUGCCUUGCGCAAGCAGGCAGAACGGGGUAACGCCAUCUUCCGGUACUGGCAGAAUGGCCUGAGGGAGACCUUGCCGACGACAGAAUUUGCCGGCAAAGGAUGGGGCGUCGACCCACGAGGAAAGGGGAGCGACAGCGACGAACUCACAGCCGAGAAGUCCAGGGGGGAGGUCUGCGUCCACGCCAUGGUGGGUGCUUCUCAAACUGGGCCGAUUGAAGGUGUCGCCCGACCCCAACCACUCAUCGACACUCGACCGCAGCCAUCCUUGCGUCUUGCCAAUGCCAUGGCACCACUUAUCGCCUCUAUGGAGCAGAAGGAUUCGCACGGAGCGGAACAGAGCGACGUGGAGGCGGCGACCCCCGAGUCACCUGCGAGCAACGACGUUUCCUCCGGAGAGGCCGCGGUGUCGAAGAACGCAGAUCUGCAGGACCCCGAGUCGGACGAGAACAGCGACGGUUCGGUCGGUGCACUCGACGAUUUGAUCAAGUUGGCUUCGGGUGAAUCUGGCUCUAGCGAUGGGGAAUCUGACGGGUUGAGCGAGAGGAGCAUCGACCCGGCCUGGAGUGACGGAGACACAGAUGAUGGUGCUGCGGAUCUCGUCACCGACGCCUGGAACUGAGACCUGGCUAGUUCUUCAGGCAGGUGCAUGUACCGUUCCUUGAGAUACCUGGCGUGGGGUUGGGGAUGUCGUUAUGGGCAUUAUUCCUGGGUUCCCAGUGUAAAUUGACACGAAAAUUUUGGACUGAGAGAGAUUGACACAAAAAAAAGUGACGGUUGCCAAAUUGACACGAAAAAAGGUAACGGUUGGUAAAUUGACACGAAAAAUUAUUCCGCCGCACGUUGCCUGGCGAAGGCCAGCGGCGGCGCAGCCUCAAGUUAAAAAAAAAUCAACCCCAGCUGCACCGCUGCACCGCCGGGAAACCCAACGGUCGCGCUCCCUCAUCACCGCACCCGACACGGAGCGAGGGGAUGGCGCGCCUUGCGCGAGGUAGAAUCCGCUACGAGUGGUAUGAGGAGUGCAUGCAGGUUCUACUGCUUGCUGUGUUGUGC